AUGUCAUUAUUACAUAAAGAUACAACAUUUACAAAAAUUUUCGUUGGUGGUUUACCAUAUCAUACAACUGAUGAAACAUUAAGGAAAUUUUUUGAACGUUUUGGUGAAAUUGAAGAAGCAGUAGUUAUUACUGAUCGACAAACAGGCAAAUCACGUGGUUAUGGAUUUGUGACAAUGAAUACUCAAGAAGCCGCAAGUUUAGCAACAAGAGAAGCAAAUCCUGUUAUUGAUGGUCGUAAAGCAAAUGUUAAUUUAGCUUAUCUUGGUGCUAAACCACGUGUUAUUCCUACACCAGCUGGUUUAAUUCCACUUCAUCUUGCUGGAGCAUAUUCAGCAGCAUUACCAACUACUUAUGGUAUUCAACCUAUCUAUUAUCAACAAUCACCAACAACAACAUUAUUAGCUACGGCUACAAAUCCACAAGCUCUUAGUACAUUAAUACCAAAUCAAACAAUAACUACAACAUUAAAUGGAAAUAUUCAUGGUUCACAAAAUCAAUCAACAGGUACACCAUCAUAUUAUGAAUUAACUUAUGCUACAACACCAACAAUUGAACAACCAUCAUAUAUAUAUGCAGCAGCACAUGGACAAACAUUUUCAUAUGCACAAUUACCAACAACAACAGCAACACAACAACAAACAGGUCCAACAAAUUUAAAUGAUAUUUAUGCUAAUCAUACAGCUAAAUAUAUAAUUGAUGAUCAUAAUGGAUCAAUUGAUCGUGAUCAUCAUCAACGUGCAACAACUGGAUGGUGA